AUGUUCAGCUCGGGAAAAAUGGGAGAACGUAUCAAUAUGGGUCCUCCAAAAUUGUCAUCCAUGACUGCCCAUAGCCCCAAAACCCCUGUUGAUCCCUCAUUCACGCAAACCUUUCAGAGUACUCAAAGCUCGGACUCGCAAGUUGAUCUAACGUUGGAGAGCUCAUCCACGUUCUCACUUCCGAGCCAUGGAGCUCACAAUCAGCCACUAACUUUCGAUGAAUCCUUGGAGAAAAAAAACCAAAUUGACUACCACCUGAUGUCAAAGUUUGGAAAUUGUAGUUUGAUAGGGGCCGGAGAAUUUUCCGUGGUGUACGAAAUUCAAUACGAAGGUAUCAAAUAUGCAGUCAAGAGAACAAAGAAUCCUUUGGGGGGACCUAAAACCAGACUGCGCAAAUUGGAAGAAGUUGAAAUACUGAAGACCCUUCAAGCAAAGUUCAGGUCUUUCGCAAUGGAAGCAGAUGAUGAGAAUCUUCCGGAUACAGGUGACAACCACGAAAAUAUUUUGAACCUCAUCAAUUAUUGGGAACACAAUUCGUUUCUAUACAUAAUGACUGAUUGCUGCGAAAACGGCUCGCUGGACAAGUUUUUGGUGGAGAAUGGAAAAGUUUCAAAGCUAGAUGAGUGGAGAGUAUGGAAAAUUUUGAACGAAAUAUUGAUGGGAUUGAAGUUUAUUCAUAAAUGUGGAAUAUUGCACCUUGACCUGAAGCCUGCGAAUAUAUUUAUCACUUUUGAAGGAUCUUUGAAAAUUGGGGAUUUUGGUGUUGCUUCCAAACUCCCUAUACCCCCUUAUUUUGACCGUGAAGGAGACCGGGAGUAUAUUGCCCCAGAAGUGAUUUCAAAACACAUAUAUGGGAAACCAGCCGAUAUAUUCUCAUGUGGUCUUAUCAUGGUUGAAAUCGCGGCAAAUAUAGUCUUGCCAGACAACGGGACAUCAUGGCAAAAGUUGAGAUCGGGCGACUUGACAGAUGCAGGGAAGUUGUCGUCCAGUGACUUGACCGACUUGGAAGGAUCAAUCUUUUCCAGUGCAAACACCUACUCAUCAAAUCUUACGAACACAACGGUGACCACUGGCAUAUCAGCGUCACCUACCGAAUUAACUAAAGCAAAUCACUUGAAAAGAAUGAGAGUUCCUAGUUGGGCACCAUCUUGGUUUUGCGAUGGCAGCUCAGCCCUUGAUAAAUUAGUCACAUGGAUGAUCGAUCCAAAUCCUACAAAUAGACCAACUGCGGAAGAGAUUUUGAGAAGCUACGAAUGCAUUGUGGUAGAAUCCAGGAGGAAAUGUGGCGCAACAAUAUAUGAGGGGGAUUUUGGACCCCAGCCUGAUCAUGAGGAUCUACUUUUAGAGAAGGAAGUGACGAGCUCAACAUCCACUUAUAAAAUUGCUAACCUUUGUGGCAAGUGGAAUAGAAAGUCCUCGAUUGAUAUGAUUCUGGAAUGA